UUGGUUUUCUGCGAUUCAAAAUCCAAUUUUCAGUCACCGUCUGGUGAUCCCACACCGUCAGAAGCGUUUGGAUCACGAGAACGACAGUCUUCGCAAGACAAAGAAAAUAUACCGAAACGUGGAAAAGUUAAACAGACUAGUCCACCACCAGCUUCAAGUACACCGGCGGUGGCAACACCUCCACCGUCUUCACCUCCUCGAGAUUCUACGUCAUCAUCAAUAGACUGUAAAUCUACAGAAGUCUCAACGGGAUCCGGAAGUAAACCACCUUCGAAACCAGCAGAGCAGUUAAAGCCUUUUAAUUCUAUUUAUAAUCAAGAUACAGAGUCAAAGUUAUUACGGUUAUUAUGCGGAAAUGAAGACAGCGGGGCAGGAUUGAUCCCAGCACCUGCACCAGUGAGUGAGGCGCCGGCGCCUCUUGUCAAUUGGCAAACUCUUUUGGGUUUGUCACCGCAAACUACACCAAAUAACACGGCGACUUCGUAUACUUCUCCGACAUUACAAUCAUCAAUGACUCCACAAAAAUCACUAGUCACUUCACCACCACCUGGUCUUGGAGGAUUUGCAUCAGAUGAUGACCUUGGUUUUGACCCAUUCAGUGAGUCAUCCAAAGGUCUAGCCCGACUGCUCGAAGAGGAGGAGAAGGUUAAGCAGCCAACGUAA